AUGGGCGGUGAGGUAUCCGCACUGCCAGACCAUGUAAACCGUGUGCAUUCCAGUUUUGUGUCCAACCAUCUAGGAGGCUAUAAAUCAUUACCGUCGACAUACACGAUCGCCGUACAGACGCGGUUCACGCCGAAAUCUUAUACAACUACCCUCUUUUUUGGCAAUGUGGUUGCUAUCGCGCAAAUCAAGGACGAUAACGUUAAUGCAGCGAGGGUUAGUUGGCGUGCAGGAUGCGGGAGUGCAACGACACGAGAGGGACGUUGCGUUCAACCAGACAGCUUGUGA